GGGGGCUUUGACUAAUUUGACUCUACAAGCGCCAAUUUUAAAAGUGUUAAUGGAAGGUUCUCUGCGAUACCGAUCGUACCCUUCUUUUUCUUCCUCUGUGAGCUUCGGAUUUCUCUCGCUCCUAUUUGGCCUGACAUCCGCGUGGCUUCCAUAAGAUGCGCGAGCCAGCUGUGCGCCGAAAUAGUGGGCGUACUUCGCAAGAACACUCCAGGCGUGUAAGACCAUGACAACGAUGGCCACAAGCUCAUCUCCAGCAGAUGGAGACCUGGUUGAAAUGAUACUUGAAGACGAAGUGGUUUCCUUCAGCAGGACUGUUUUAAUGCAGUCUAGCCCCUUCUUUCAAGAUACUUUCAAGGACGUAGAAGGCAAAAAGAAACGGGCAAUCGUCUCUGGAGUGAGGGGCCAGACGUUUAAAGAUCUCCUGGAGUAUAUGAAAUCUGGAAAGCUGGAAUUAUCUUGCAACACUGUAGCAGAUAUAUUUCAUGCUGCCUGUAAGCUUCAAAUGCCAGACAUCAUUCAUCGGUGCAUUGAGAUGGAAGCACACUCAAGCGCAAUUGGAAGACAAAUUAUUUUGUACAAGACAGCAAAGCGCAUGAAUAACGUGCAUGAAAAGAACUCUGCUUUCUACCACCUUGUAUCAAAUUUCGCACUUGUUGCACAAUCGGACGAGUUUCUGCAGCUUGACGCUGGUGAUGUGUGCGAACUUCUAUCAUCUGAUGUCAUAGGCUGCAAAGGAGAACUCGACGUGUUUAAUGCCGCCUGUCGCUGGUUAAGCCAUAAAGUAGAAGAACGGAUGAAUCAGGCUGCACGCUUGAUGUACUGCGUGCGAUUCCCAUUGAUGAGUUUGAUGGAGCUGAGCCACUGUGUCGAAGCAAAGAUUCCACCUGGCCUUCAAGACGUUCACAAUGUUCGCGUCAUGAUCCUCAGUGCUGUGUGCUUCUGGGUUGCCAGAACUGCUGGAAAAGAAGCGGAAGUGGGGCAUCUAGCUCGCACGCCUCGCCGCUACAUCACAGAAGUUCCUGGGGUGCCGGGAGGUAAGGAGCUGCAAUCAUCGGAUGACGCCGGGGAAGCGGAGCUGCCGUCACUAAUUUCUGUGACGCUGGGAGCGGCAAAGGCUCGCUUGGUUCCCACGAGUCACCUAAGCCCUCGAGCGUGUACUCGGGAACACUGGGUUGCACAUCUACAGGAGUCGAGGCAGUUCCACAGUCCCGAUCACGAAACAGAACAAGUCAGGAGCUUAUCAGCGCUGUCCUCGACAGCCGAGUCUGACAGUCCCGUCGACAGCCUUGCACCGACUGUGUGCGAGUCUAGUCUCAACGACACAUCCUCGUUCGAUGCUCAGGCGUCACGUCCAACCACACAGGAGAGCAACGGAGAGACGAUGGUGCAUGACUCGCAAAGUUUUUUUUCUCAGUCUGACUCUUGUUACCGAAGUGAAGAGAAAAAUAAGUUGUACUUUGAGUCGGUUGACACCGACAGCGUAACGAUGCACAGUGACGGUGACAGAGUUCACAAAAAUGAACUGGAAAAUAUGAAGACACGGUAUCUGCUUGGCAGUCAAACAGCCGUCCAGCAUGAAGCCUUGAUUAGGCAAUCAUCACCGCUUUCCGAACACCCGGAAAUGGAUUUUUUCGUUGUUAGCCCAAAUUCGCCUCAGUGCUCCGCAGAACCACUGGCAUCCAUCUCUGUGCAAACAGAACAUAUCCUCAGUGAAACUCCAGGCAAGGAUGCUGAGCCAGGCACAUUGUUCCUGAUUGGUGGAGUCGAGGCGAACGAAAGCCCGUCAGAGUGCCCGAUUCUAAGCUACAACAUCAAGGGAAACGCUUGGAACCAAACAAAAACGCUUCCAGUUCACCGCUAUGGGCACAAAGCUGUCUUUUUAGAUGGCUACAUAUACAUCAUAGGUGGUUUUGAAAACUUCAGUCCAAUGAACCUUGAGAAAGCUGCGAGUCGAUCCUGCUUUUGGUUCGAGGUGAGCUCUGGCAGGUGGGGAAUCAUGGCUCCCCUGAACAACCCAAGAGCGUACCAUGGCCUUGCGGUCCUGGACGAAAAUAUUUACGUCGUCGGUGGAGUGGACAGUGCCAACAGGCUUUUGAGCUGCCUCGAACGCUACGACAAAGAGACUGAUGAGUGGACAAAGCUCAGCGGCGAACUUUAUUCCCCAAGAAUGGCCAUGGGGUUCUGCAGCCAUAAGCGACAGCUUUGGGUUGCCGGUGGCAUUGUACAAAUUGGCCGGAGGACGUGUUCCACUGCCUACGUGGAAGUCUACGAUCCUAAAACAGAAAGGUGGUCUUUCGCGGUGAACUUCCUUCCUUCGCCGCGGAGUUGCUUGACGCUGGUGGAGUGCGGCGACGACUUGUACGCCGUGGGCGGCCUCCUCAGCCACCGGUCCGGCAAAAGACGCAUCUUCACCACGGUCGAGGAUACGCUCGUGUUCGUGGAUGAGCGCAACACCUGGGUGAACCGCGCGCCCAUGCCCAACGCCCGACACAGCACCGUCGCCGUCGCUCACGACGACAUGAUCUUAAUCAUCGGAGGCCGGCAAGCCGAGAGGCCCGACUUCCACUUCGACAACAUCCUGGCGUACGACACGAAGAUGAACAAGUGGUACCUGCUCGCAAACCUGCCGAGGAGUGUGGUGGACUACCACUGCGUGCUGGCACCACCCGAAGAGAGCUCGGAAAGCUUACGAGAGGUGCUGACCAGCCGUGGCGACCACAGGUCGACAAACAAGCUGGUCGAAAAAUUCAGAGUUGCAGCUCCGGACGUGAAGUCCUACUCUCAGGGAGACAUUGCUAUUGUGCGGCAGUACAAGUAGCACGCCUUCCCGUGGCGUGCGCCUAAAUUCUGCUAAUUAAAUAAUUUGGCUCAAA